ACCUUCCACGCGAAAUUUCCAGGUUUUGAAGGUUUUCGAGAGGGGACGCCAGACGCGCAUCGCAUCAGAGAUGUUGUGAGGAGACAUCUGACCAACUGCCCAGACUGGCAUGAGAUCAAUCUCAGAGAGCAUGUGCUCCAGGUCAUCGCGCGCAUGUCGUCGCACGUCUUCCUGGGGAAUGAGGGCGCCCGCAACAAGGCCUGGCUCAAGAUAACAAUGGAUUACACCACAAACGCUUACAUUGCAGCAAUGCUUCUACGCAUGUGGCCAGAAACCCUCCGACCUUUUGUUCAUUGGGUUUUGCCACAGUGUCGCACACUUAGGAAGCAAGUCGUCAAUGCACGACAAAUAGUCACCGGCAUCAUCGACAAACGACGACAAGAAAAGGCGACCGCGGAGACUGAAGGUCGCUCUCAACCCGUGUAUAACGAUGUCAUUGAGUGGUUUGCACAGGACGAGAAAGAAGAUGAUAGCAAUUACGACCCAGUGGUCGGACAGCUCAUCCUGAUGCAAGCAGCGAUUCACACCACAACCGAUCUCCUCACACAAACCAUGUUGGACAUAGCCUUGAAUCCAGACAUCACCGAUGCUUUACGAAGGGAGGUAGCCGAGUCGGUACGUCAAUAUGGCUGGUCAAAGUCUUCACUCGCCAGAAUGCGUCUCGUUGACGCCGCUGUCAAAGAAAGCCAACGGCUCAAGCCAAUAGCCCGCACUUCUAUGCAUCGCCUCGUGUUAGACGAUGUGCAGCUUUCGGACGGAACUCUUCUCCCUAAAGAUGCCAUCAUCGGUGUUUCAGUGGACCAGAUGUGGAGCGACAGUCACUACGAGAAUCCGGCCGUCUGGAACCCACAUCGUUUCUAUCAAAUAGGCGAGGCAGGGGGCAGCAAGGACGUAAGCCUCACGAAUUCGAGCCCCGAACACUUGGCAUGGGGGUAUGGCAAGCACGCCUGCGCAGGGCGGUUCUUUGUUGCACAAGAGGUCAAGGUGGCCCUGAGUCAUUUGCUGCUACAUUACGAGUGGAAGAUUGCACCGUCGUCCCAGAAGACCCAGCCGUUGGAGAUUGGGCUCACACUGGCUGCUGACCCCAUGGCCAAGGUCUUGGUGCGGAAAGUUUCGCGAACUCACUGA